GAAACGGUCUAAAGAAGAAGGAGUUGACGUCGUGUGCUUCACGACUCUAUCCGUUGCUUUACGACCGUGUUUUGACCAGCCGUAACGUAGGACGUACGGAGUCAGAAGAAGGUUAAAGUGACUUCUUCUAAUACGCAUCAUGCCGUUUGUGGAUCUUCAGUCGCGGUUAGGUAUUAACCUGGACCGCUGGAUGCUGGUGCAGAGCGGGACACAGCCCCAAAAACGAGCCUCACGCUGUCAUGCCUUUGAGAAGGUGUGGAUUGAUUGUGCCCACGGCAUCGGGCAGACUCGGGCCAAGACAGAGUGCCAGCUGGAGUUUGAAGACUUCUAUGAAUGCAUGCACAGGCAAAAGACACACCGCAGGUUGCAUGCUAUUCGUGAGCAGCGCGACAAGAUGAUAAAGGAGGGGACGUACACACCGCCACCAUGUCACACCGGAGGCCAGUAACCCUGAGGGAACACGCGUCGGUCCACUUGUGUAUAGUAAAUGAGAUAAUCAUUAUUUCCAGUUCUCCUGUAUAAGUUGCAAAUAAAUGUUAUCAUCCACCGUC